AUGGACCCCCUUUCUGUCGCCGCUUCUUUGGCUGGUCUCAUCACCAUAUCAACCCAGAUCGUCAGUAUCAUUCACACCAUAAAAUCGAAGAACAAUAAAGACUUGGAAUCGCUCUCUAGAGAGGUCCACGCUGUGAGGGGAAUCCUAUCACAAAUCCAACAAAUUGUUCAAUUCCAGUCCACCAAAGCUUCCAAGAAUUCAGAAUGGCUUGACGCACUCAGCGCAACUUUGGAUGACUGUGGUGAUACGUAUCUACAGUUGCAAAAGUCCUUGCAAGGACUGGUGUCAAGCUCGAGGCUUGAGGCGCUCAAGAAGAAAGUCAAGUGGACGCUCAAGGAGAAAGAUAUCCAGGACUCAUUGAGAAAGGUCGAGAGCUAUAAGCUUUCACUGGACUUGUUAUUGUCGGUUCAAACGAGUACUGCCACCACCAAAAUUGAAGAUGUGCUGGCUCAAAUCCAAAAGAAGUUACUAGUUACACCCGCUGCUCCCACGACUCGGACACCCUUGUCGUGGAGAAAGAAGCUAGCGGGCUUUGAGGCAGAUCCUUUACCCUCACAAACAAGCGAUCAAGAAGAUGCGCAGUCAGAUGCAGGGAGCUCCACAGCCAGUGUUUCAUACGUUAUUCCAGGGCCAAAUACUUCCGACUGGACUGAUCCAGGAAUUUUCGGAAUAAACCAGGACGAAGGCAAAGAUGCCCCUGACCUCAAUGACCCAGGGCUUGCUUGUAUCUGUGAAAUACCUGUCGGCGCGAAAAAAAUCAGCCUCUUCUGUAGCUGGGAUACAUAUCCAGCGAACGAGAUAUUCACGCCUAUUCGGGCACAUAUUUUGUUUAAAGGGCCCACACCUGGAGACUUAUAUUUUAUUCAGCUGGAAGAAUCUUUCACAAUACAACCCAUCGAGCGCUUUGUUGUCCCAGUAGGGAAAUGCAGUCUCAUCAUUGCGCAAUGCAACACCAAGGGUGGCGUGCGCUCUCUGAGCGAGCUUGACGAACGUGAUGAUAACGAGGGGUUCAAUCUCGCCCUUGAUGAAUUUGCAUUGAAGUCCACCUCAGGUUCUCAGCAGGUACUUGUAAAUUUUGACAGUGUCCAAGAUCGAGAGAAAUUCUUAGACCAUCUCUAUGGUAUCCGAUAUCUGCAGCGCAUGGACUUCGCAUUUGGCUUGUCGAACCAGUUCUAUCAUCAUUCGCCCUACCAAAAAAGGAUCCAAAACGUACAAAUAGGGUAUGCGGAUGGGACUGAAAAAUCAUACAUCUAUCCUUAUCUAUACCUCGAUUAUCCUAUAGAGGGUCGAUCUCUCAUGCUUGCAUGUGGAACCAAGCCGAAUAGCGAAGAGGCGGUAGUAUUCAAGGAAAACAUCCUCGAACUCGAUUUCGAGAUCGUAGGAUCUGAAUCCAUUGUAUUCACAAACCAGGAUGGGAAAGCUAUACAUACUAUAUCGGCAACGGUCGGCUCCAUCGAUGAGCUUCUUUGUUUGUACCACCGCCUGCAAGAUGCCACCAGAGAGUGGAAAUCAAUCGAAGCAAGAGGGGUGGACGAUUUCGAAACCAAAGCCGAAUGGCAAGUUGGGACUCUGGAAUUUCUCAAGGAUUCUAUAGCUACUACAAGUUCCUUUGACAAUGCUCACGUUGCUGUUCAAGUCGAUCGUUUCUCGAGGCGAAUGAAAAUGGAAAUCUCGACAAAAGACUCACAGAAGAUAUUGGCUUCCUGUCACGUCAUGACUUCAUCUAUUCUGUUCUACAAAGAGCACUUCAGAAAGGAUGCACCAGACUUCUUUACUGAUCCCUCCGUACAAGCCGGCUUUUGGGACUUGAAGAACGGCGCUCCUACUCCUGACAACUUUCAUGCAGGACAGGUAAGGAUCCAUGGCCCCAAGGCAAAGAGAAUUUGUGACGAGCUGGAAGAAAUUGCGGAGAAUUGCAAAAGAGAUACCAAGGAUGCACAGAAGAGAUUCUUAAAGAUGGUCGGUUAA